AUGGGAGUCCUGGCUUGCUUGCUAGUGCUAUGCAUAGUGGUUGGGACCAGAGCUGCCUCCCAACCUCCUACCACAGAGCAGAGACUUGUGAGGAAACUGCCAGAGGCCCCAGGCCCUGAGCCUAGCCAGCAAGAGCAAGUGGUCUUUGGCUGUGGGGACACCAUGGAGCUGUUCUGCUCUGUGCCUGGAGGUGCCGGCACAGGCUGCACUGUCUGGUCUAAGGAUGGCACAGAGCUGGUAUCUUCCCACCGCAUCCUGGUGGGGCCCCAGAGGUUACAAGUGCUGAACGUUUCCCAUGACGAUGCCGGGGUCUACAUGUGCCAGCAGCAGCUCACUCAGGAUGUCCUGUGCCAUUUCACUGUGCAUGUGACAGAGGCUCCAUCCUCAGCUGAUGAUGAAGAUGGCGUGAAUGUGGCUGAAGACACAGGGGCCCCUUACUGGACUCGGCCAGACCGUAUGGAUAUGAAACUGCUGGCUGUGCCAGCCACCAGCACGGUACGCUUCCACUGUGCAGCUGCUGGCAAUCCCACCCCCUCCAUCUCCUGGCUGAAGAAUGGCAAGGAAUUCCGAGGGGAGCAUCGCAUGGGGGGCAUCAAGCUUAGGCACCAGCACUGGAGCCUGGUCAUGGAGAGUGUGGUGCCUUCUGAUAGUGGCUACUAUACCUGCGUGGUUCAGAACAAGUUUGGGAGCAUCCAGCAGACUUACACACUGGAUGUACUGGAGCGCUUCCCACAUCAGCCCAUUUUGCAGGCUGGGCUGCCAGAAAACCAGACAGCCACCCUAGGAAGUGAUGUAGAGUUCCACUGCAAGGUGUACAGUGAUGCCCAACCACACAUCCAGUGGCUGAAGCAUGUUGAGGUGAAUGGCAGCAAGACAGGCCCGGAUGGCAAGCCCUAUGUCACCGUACUCAAGACAUCAGGCAUUAACACAAGCAACAAGGAGCUAGAAGUUCUGUCUUUGCGCAAUAUCACCUUUGAGGACUCAGGGGAGUACACCUGUCUGGCAGGCAAUUAUUUCGGAUUUUCCCAUCACUCUGCAUGGCUGGAGGUACUGCCAGCUGAGAGAGAGCUGGCAGAGAGCAGUGCAGCUGGCAGGUUAUCUGCAGGCACCAUCAGCUUCUGGGUGGGCUUCUCCAUCUUAGUCUUGACUGCAGCUGUGACACUCUGCUACCUGCGUAGAGUCUCAAGAAAGAACCGGGGGCUCCCAGUCAUCCAUUGUCUAGCACCAACCUAUCCCCAUUGAUCCAAGCAGGUGACCUCCAUGAACUCUGAUAUACCCUUGGUCCACAUCGUCCACCCAGUUUCAAGAGAACAUACUGCAAUGGCCAGUAUUUCUGAGCUUGAGCUGCCAGCCGACCCAAAGUGGGAAAUAUCUAGAACUCGGCUGACACUUGGUAAUUCUCUAGGAGAAGGCUGCUUUGGCCAGGUUUUUAUGGCAGAGGCUGUUGGCUUUAACAUGGACAACACUGUCAAGCCUGUCACUGUGGCUGUGAAAAUGCUGAAAGAUGGUGCCAAUGACCAGGACUUGUUGGACCUGGUGUCUGAGAUGGAGAUGAUGAAAGCUAUUGGCAAGCACAAGAACAUUAUCAACCUGUUGGGGGCCUGCACACAGGGUGGGCCAUUGUAUGUGCUGAUGGAGUAUGCUGCCAGGGGCAACCUCCGGGAGUUCCUGCGGGCACAAAGGCCCCUAAGCAUGGAAUACUAUGGUGCCUCCAGGCUGCCAGAAAAACAGCUUACCCGCAAAGAUCUGGUGUCCUGUGCCUAUCAGGUGGCUCGAGGUAUGGAGUACCUGGCUUCUCAGAAGUGUAUUCACAGAGACUUGGCUGCUAGAAACGUGUUGGUGACUGAGGACAAUGUGAUGAAGAUUGCAGAUUUUGGCUUGGCCCGUGAUGUGCACAAUUUGGAAUGCUACAAGAAGACCACAGAUGGCCGGCUACCUGUGAAGUGGAUGGCACCAGAGUCCCUGUUUGAUGGAGUCUACACCCACCAGAGUGAUGUGUGGUCCUUUGGAGUCCUGCUCUGGGAGAUCUUUACACUGGGGGGCUCACCAUAUCCUGGCAUCCCAGUGGAAGAGCUUUUCAAGCUAUUGAAAGAUGGCUACCGCAUGCACAAGCCUGCCAACUGCACACAUGACCUGUAUGGGAUCAUGCGGGAAUGUUGGCAUGCAGUGCCUUCACAGAGGCCCACCUUCAAGCUUCUGGUAGAGGGUUUAGAUGGCAUCCUCACUGUGACAUCAACCCACGUAUACCUGGACCUAUCAAUGCCUUUUGAGCAGAGCUUGCCAGGUGAUGAUGAUACCAGGAGCCCCAGUUCCUUAGAGAUACUGUUCACCCACAACCUGCUACCCCCAACCCAACCCAGGAAUUGGAGGCCUCAGACAUGA